AUGAGUGUCUCUUUAUUUGCAUACGUCGUAACGUUUUUUAUAUUCAUCUGCAACUACACAUUGACGAUAUGCUCCAUCGUGUUUCCCAAAUGGCUCACCUUUGUAACGCCAGUGCCAUUUUACAUUGAAACAAACUAUGGCUUGUUCAGGCUCUGCAGAAGUAUGACAAGAGACUGUAGACCCUUUCCUUCCUAUGAACACGGCGAUUGCGAAGAAGAGGGAUUUUGCGAAUUAUGGCGAGCAGCAGCAGCAGGAAUGGUGAUUGCAGCAGUUAUCGGUGGACUGACCAUCUUUGCUUUAUUGGCUACCAUGUGUAGUCAAAGACGCAAGAGAAGCAAAGCAUGGGCACCCAUCUCAUUAAUGUUUCUGAUCUAUGCUCUUCCUCAAGCGUUUUCGAUGGGAACCAUCGCUUACUUAUACAACUCGAGCGCAACAUUUUAUAUGGGGACUCGCUACAAUUUUUCAUUCAUAUUCUGUAUCAUCAGUUGGAUUUUGAGUAUCAUGCUGUCCGUCGUUCUCUCUCUGAUUGCCAUACUGAGUCCUCCCGAAUAUGCGUAUCAACAAUUGGACUGA